UAUUUCAUGAGCCAGUGCUUGUAGUCGAAUUAGUAGUACAGCCAUAUACCACAGAGAGUAGGUGGGACUGCCAACUGCAGGGGGAAAAAAACAAAAAACCCCAGGAGACAAAACGACGCGUAUAAAGACAGGCUGAAACGCAUACACACGGAUUUAAAAACAAAAGCUCCAAAUGGAUGAAACUACAUGCUUUCAAAAACAUGCCUUACAAAAAUCGGACUCUGAAACUCGGGAACAACACUUUCACAGGGAAAGAUCGUGGUUACGGAAGCUUUUUACUGGGCUUUUUCUACUGGUAGUCACGUGUUUGCUGGUUAUAUGGUCUUAUAUGGGAAAGGAAAGAAAGAAACGCCCUUCACCCAGUUUUUUGUCUCAGCACUGUGCAGGACUCCAGAACUCUGCAAACUCCGGCUCUCCUGCAGGAAUCAAUUCAGAAGUCUCAGAAAAGUCUCAGUCACUAAUAAACUCUUUUUACUCUGAAUUUGGAAUCAGUUUAGAUGGCUACUCCAGGUUACAGCAGGCUGUUUACUGGGCAGAUCCUGACAGAUCGAUCACAAAUGUGUCCAUGAGUACUAGUCCAGCCCACACCACAUUCAUCAUUGAGAACCUGAAAGAGAGCUACCAAACUGGUGAGGAGCUUUUUGUUACGGUGCAUGCAAAGGACUUUGAUAAUAAAUCUAAGAGUUAUGGAGGCGACUUUUUUCAAGCCAAGCUGUUCUGUUCUAAAACUAAGGCCAGUGUGUUUGGGGAGGUGGUGGACCUGCUCAACGGCUCAUACUCUGUGCGUUUCCUCCUGCCGUGGGUCGGCGAGGCCCAGGUGGCUGUGCGUCUAAUUCACUCCAGUGAGGUUGUGCAGGUCCUGAAGCAUCACAGAGAUACUGACUCUGACAGGGUGUACUUUUAUGGAUUUUACGAGGGACCAGGACCAAAUAAGACCAGGCUGAGUGAAGCAGUGAUGUGUAAUGUUAAGUGGGACAAGAAUGGACUAGAGCAUAUGGGAACUGGAGACUGUUGCUGUGAAUACAAAGAUCCCUGUACCGAAGAAAUAUGGCGCUGCCAGAGACCCAAAUCCCUGCCAUGCAGUGCCCUUGUGUACCACUCUAUGGGUGGUUAUAGAAACCGUCUGACUGAUAAAGAGAAGAAGCUUAUGACGCAAACUAACAAAGGUAUCAAUGGAGAUAAGAGCAUCAUCAAAAUAUUUCAUUCCCAUGGAAAUGAAACUAUUGAUGUAGCAGAGAAAUGUCAUCCUGGUUUACACACUCCAGUUCCAGCCGGCUUUUACCUCAAUGAUGUGUGGACGUCCUUUGUCUGUAGCACCCGACAUUUUACAACCCAAACAACAACAGAGUGCCUGAAAGACAAACACAUCAUAUUUGUUGGUGUCACGUUUUUAUCAGCCCUGAAACAGAUGAACCUGCAUGUCCAAUAUCAGUCAGGGCCGCUCCUAGCAGUGGAUGUGAAGAACAACAUUGACUUACACUGGAGGGCUCAUGGCGUUCCUCUGCGCAGUCGAAAAUCAGCAGUUGCUAAUCUGCACUACAUCAGUAAUGAGAUCGAUGGCCUGGCAGGAGGACCCCACAUGGUCAUUAUGUUUAAUCUGGGGCCCCAUUUCACCACGUACCCUCUGGAUUUCUUCACCCAUAGAGUGUUGAGGAUCCGCAAAGCUGUUCUAGCAUUGUUACAGCGGGCGCCUGACACUACCGUUAUAAUCAAGACUGUCAACACUGGCUAUAAGGAUAUUUUCGGGAGUGAUUGGUAUUCUCUUCAGUUGGACAGAAUUCUGCGUUGGGCUUUUCAGGAUGUUGGUGUUUAUAUUCUGGAUGUGUGGCAAAUGACGGCCUGUCACUACAGCAAAGAGAACAUUCAUCCAGGCACUGUCAUCAUCAAAAACGAGAUUGACAUUUUACUCUCUUUUGUUUGCCCCGUAUACAUUUAAAUGAUUAAAUUUUACUACAUUUGAAAAUUCAGGUCAUGUGUAGAAAAACUACCCUGAAAUACUUUGUGACUGUUUUAAACAAGUGUGCGCUUGUGUACUAAAAACAGGUCACAUAAACACUGGAAUGAAUUGCAGUUGUAUUCCUGCAUCCAUAUGGAUUUGUCACUCCUGAUGCUUGUCUACUAUACGCAUACUUUAAAUUUUCACAACCCUAACCAAAUAUAUUUAAGAAGUUAUAUUGGAUUAGGUAAAAUGUAAAAAUACAGAUUAAAUAAAUAAAAAUUAAGAUAUAGCACGAUGUUACAUAGUUUCUUGAACUGGCACCAGGCAAACACAUAGAUGAUGGACACACAAUUCACAAAAGAUCGCUAUUAAUCAAACAUUUUGUCUUUGUAGAAUAAUGCUUGUAGAUUAUAUCAACUGAACUCCAAUUUAGUAAAGUGAAUGUAUCCCCGCCUGUCACACGGAAGACCGGGCUUCGAUUCCCCAAUGGUGAGACCUAGGGGGCAAUCGUGGCCUAAUGAUUAGAGAGUCAGACUUGUAACCCAAAGGUAGUGGGUUUGAGUCUCUGUACCGGCAGGGAUUGUAGGUGGGCGGAGUGAAUGUACAGCGCUUUCUUCCACUUUCAAUACCAAGACUGUGGUGAGACCCUUGAGCAAGGCACUGAACCUCCAACUGCAGCAAAAAAUGGCUGUGUG